GAGCUUGUCAACCUUCUCAUCAAUAGUGAUUCUCAGGAGUGUAAUGCCAACGUUUCUAAUUUUAUCAAGCUUGUAGUAGACAAUGUUUAUGUGGAGCUGGAUGAGAAUCUGAAAACGUACCAUCGACUCUCGGUCUACGCUCUCAAGUUGUUGACGCUGAAUCUCUUUGUGAAGAAUUAUCGUUUCUGUAUCGCCAAGAUCAUGGCGUUCUUAAGCACUUUCAACACGAUUACUCAGUCUAGAAUUGAGAAUAAGAGCCAGGAUGAAUCUGAUAAAAGAGUCAAGCUUGAGGGUGAGUAUCUCAAACAGUUCUUAUGUAUCAUCUUACUUCUCAUGCUCAAGCUUAGAAACACAUAUCCGGAGAGUUCUGCAUCUCCUGACAGCGACCAGGACUAUACUUCGUUUGAUACGAUAGAGAGUCUGGAUCUCAAAACAGUUUUGAAAGACAUCGACUUCAUCCAAACGAUCUCCAACUUUCUUGAAACACAUGUCGUUUCUACUGCUAUUCAGGAUACAUCGUUUGUGUUGCUCAAGUUUGGCUGUGACAUAUUCUUUGAGUAUCUUUACUUUGUCGAAUUGUUGUCUGACAAAGAGUUUUACUGCUUGACCAACCAGACUGAGUUGAUCCAAACGCUCAUAGAGUAUCUUUUGUCGAACGAAAACUUCAACAACUACGAUAUAGAUGGCGAUGACUUCGAAGACGAAGACAAACUUAUAGCAUAUGAAGAGUUCAAGUUGCUUUUGUUGAUCAACGAACAGUACUUGAUGAAAUCAUACACAUGCGGUGAUAUCAAAAACAAGGUUUUUAACGGACUCAUGAACAAUAACGAUAACAACACCAGCAUCACAGGGUUUAUCAAUCUUUUAAUAUACCACAUCAACAGAGAAGAAUCGCAGAUUAUCAAAAUCUUGAUUCUUAAGUUCUUGUACCUUGUGUUCACCACGUCCUUCACCACAAAACUUAUCUAUGUAAACGACUUGAAGAUUUUGGUGGAUAUCUUCAUCCGAGAGUUGGACAAUAUGGACUGUACCGGCGACGUAGGCAACGAGAACAGAUUCUUGUUGAUCACAUACUUGAAAGUAUUGUAUCCACUCUUGCGUUUUUCACAAUUGAGUGAGUUGUCUGGAGGCCAUAAGAACGUCCAGAUAAUGGAAUUACUAGAAAACCUCAUUCUCAACUCAACUUCCAAUCUGACCGUAGAAGGUGAUCUCCAAAAGCAGCAGGAAGAUGUUAUAGCCAAAUUGGCCAAACGCUGCUUGGGCAUUCCCUGGUUAAAAAAAUCGCGAAAGAAGACCGAAUCGCCAACUUUUGGUUCAGCCCAGUUGGAAAAAUUGGAUUCCAACUCGUCUUCCACUUCUCCUAUCGACAAGGACAGUAUUCCAGCAGGAAGUAUAGAACUAACAGAAAAUGCCAAUGCGUCAGAUGAUUCCAUUGCUGUAACUAUGACCAGAGUUGCUUCUGUUAGAACGUCGACUAGAAGCGACUACCAUAAGCAUACAACAUCACAUAAUCUUCAGUUAGGCUCAAGAAGAUCAAGCAGCAAUGUGCAUACCAUGUUUCAACAGAACAAUAACAAUGUCUUCAUGAAUAAACUUGAUUCCAUGAAAAUCUCAGAAACAAACGAAUCCUUGAAGUAUUCUCCCUGGGCAGAUCAUAAAAUUGUAGAAAUGCAAGAAGAAUGUACUUCCAACAUUCUUGAUUUGCCCACUGAGUAUCUUCAUUCCAAACCUUUGCCAAAGGUACCAGUUACGGAGAAGAUAUAUGGCGGCAUAUACAAUCAUGAAGCUUCUUCUUCGUCUUCUUCGGUUAAUUCGGUUUCACUGUUGGCCCGUAAAGCUCUCAAGAAGAAAGCUCCGCCUCCACCUCCACCAUCAGCAAGGAGAAACAGUCAGAAUGAGUAUUCCAGCUCUCCAACCCCAAAAUAUGGUACACCACCUCCUCCACCUCCACCAAGACGCAGGCGUUGA